CAGAUCACUGUACAACAAUGCCAAAGCUCACAGCAGUUAUCCAGGAUACCAUCACAAUUUUCCAUAAUUAUUCCAAGAAGGAAUGUAGCAACCAUAAAUUAAAUAAGGAAGAGCUGAAUCAGCUCAUACAGAAUGAGUUCUCAGAUGUCAUCAAGAACCCCAAAGACCCCCAAACAAUUGCAACUUUAAUUAAAAUUCUAGAUGAAAAUAAUGAUGGAGAGGUUGAUUUUGAUGAGUUCUGUGACCUCCUAUGUAAGGUGUUUAAAACCUACUACAAAGUAGUGUAUCAAUCUGAGGACUCAUGUGAAAAACAGCCACAAGGCUCCGGGAAGAAUGAAGGCUCAACAACCCAAACAGCAGAGGUGAAGUCGACAACACAAGAAGAAAACAAACCAGACUCAACUAAAUAUUACCAAAAACCCAUCUUCCCAAAAUAUGAUCAGGAAGUACUGCAUGAGCCCAAAGAAUUUAGUCAGGAAAUUGAUAACAAACCAGUUCGAAGUGGCUAUGAUACAGCAUCAGAUGCAAAUCUAAAAUGUGCAGAUGUCCCCACCGGGCAGGUAUCAACACAGACAGAACCUAAUAAAACUGCUCCAGUUGAGCACAAAAGUGAAGAAUAUCAUGAACCAAAGGAUAAUCUGUACGGCGUUGAACAAAAGUCAGCUCCAAUAAAUACAAAUAACAAAUCAACACCAACUAAAUAUGAGCAAACUACUUCCACAGUGACAAAAGAAGAACCUCAAAAAUCAGACUGUUCUUCUAAAAAAGAAGAACAUAAAGAGCAGUAUGAACAGAAAAGUUCAGAAAAUAAAGAUAAGAAAUAUGAAGUAACACAAUCAGAGAAAACCACUACCCAGACUCCAUCAAAUCAGGAAAAGAAAGACCAAACAUAUCAACCAGGGAAAAUAACAAUUUUGCCUUUAGCAGAUCAUGAAACUGAUCAUACGUCACAGGCAGAACACACAACUCCUAAGCCUACAUCAGGACAGGAAAAGAAGAAUGAAACACAACAUGACAAAAUGGCUGAGGUACAGCUAAAAUAUCAAACACCUCAACCCUACAAACCAAUAUCUUCACCUCCAAAGGAAAAUGAGACAUCCUAUCAAGAACAUACAACAUCACAACUCCCAAAAGAGCAGGAACAACCAGCCAAAACAAUUCCUCAGCCUUCCCAACAGACCCCACCUGACUAUCAACAGCCACAGAAAUAUUAUCAACAACCAGUGUUCCCAACUCCCCAGGAGAAGACUACUGAAAGCCAAAUCCCAGAGCAGCCACCAAAGUAUAGUCAGUGUAAAGAGGAUCCUGCCCAACCACAAAAGCCUGUAGUGGAACAGCAACCACAAAAGCCUGUAGUGGAACAGCAACCACAAAAGCCUGUAGUGGAACAGCAACCACAACAGCAGUCUCAGCAAUACAAAAAGGUGUACAAGUAUGAUUACCAAUCCCACUGAGAAGAAUCCCAGAGAUAAUGAAUCUGUGCAAUAAUAUGUAAUUAAAUGGGAAAACAUAAUCACAAUCUUGCUAUUGCUUUUGUAAAACUAAUCUGGUUUAUUUGCUGAAUAAUAAAGAAAAGCUACUAAUA